CCAAGGGAGGCCACGUGACUUCCCCGACGUCGCCCAGGGAGGCCACGGCGAAGCAGGGAGGUGAAAAAGUCACCUCAGUUCCAGUGCCUGCACCCGGGAAAGCCCUUUGUCCUCUACUGGCCCCCUUCCUCUUUACUAGCCAGAGACCUUGCACAUCAGCAGCCUAACCCUGUGUCUGCCUUGUGGAGAGGCUGCAGCCUCUGCCCCGGUGUUUCCACCUCAACCUUCCUCAGAUUCUGAGCCAGAAACAGAGAGAGUUGGUGAUGGUGUCACUCAGCCCAGGACAGAUGAGCUGUUGGAUUUUCUCCAGCCAGGCAAGGAAAUGGUAGCUGCCUCAAGUUCAGCUGAGGGGUAUUAUGACACACUGCAGGCACUCAAGAUGGAAAACAGACAGUAUCUAUUAGAACUGGGCAUGCUCUACCAGGUAAAAUUGGAGAAUGAUCAGAAAUCCUUCAAGGAGGAACUGGAAGACUUCUUCCAAGACAACGGGAGAUUGACUCUGCAGGGCAAGCCCUAUGAGGCUUCAAGAUCUAGUAUCAUAAGCCGGUCCAGUUCUUUAACUGACCUAAAGUUGGACAGUCCUUGGGAUCAGCAAAAUCCUCUCUCACUUCCUCAGUCCCACCUGAGGCCAAAGAGUGCUGCAUCUGCCUGGGUCUCUACUAUCACCAUCCCCCAGCCCUUCAAGAUGACUCUGCGUGAGGCACAUAAAAAGCCCCAGCUGAUGAAAACACGUGCAUCCCUUGAGCUGGAAAAACGAAGGGACAAAAGACAAAGUCAGGAGGAGGCAGAGUGCCAGAAGCAGUUCCGUGCACAGCCGGUGCCUGCCCAUGUUUACUUGCCACUCUACCAGGAAAUAAUGGAGCAGAAUGAGAUUCGCAGGGAGGUGGCAACACAGAAGAGAAAAGAGUUGCUCCUUUCCACUCAGCGACCCUUCAGCUUCCUGGAGAAGGAGGACAAGAAGAAGGAGGCCAUCAGACAGAAGAUCUUGGCGGCACUGGCUCCAGUUGAGAACUCCAAACCAAAAGGCAACAAGACAGUUCCUAAAUUCAUCUAUAACCCAGUUCUUGGGGAUAAACUCAAAGAAGCUGAACUCUUCAGGAAAAUUCGCAUUCAGAUGAGAGCCAAGGAUUUGUUGGAAAACUCCUCCGCUCCUAUUGACCCUAGCACCAGACAAAGAGAUCCACAGUCCCGAAUCGCCACCAAAACCAAACAAGAAAAACUCAGCUUCCUGCAAGACGACUUCAGCUUUAAACCAAGAAUUAACCCAGCGGUGCCUGAUUUUGAAACACUUUACUGGGCAUUUCAGAGAGAAGCAAUAAGGAUACGAGACGUCAAAGAGCCAACUCGUAAUCAGCCGUUUAAACUGAGAACUUCCAAUCUCCACUACAGACAGAAACAGGCUAAUGAGGAGAAAAUGAAGCAGCCUUCCAAGGCUCCCAUGCAAAGAAGUCGUUCUCUGACUGGUCUCUCCUCUCUCUCUUCCAACACCCUUCCAGUGCACAUUACAGAUGCAACAAGAAAGAGAGAAUCUGCUAUUAGAUACUGCCAGGAAGACAAAAAGAGCAGGGAGAAUGAAGGAGUUCAUUGGAUGGAGAUACAGAGAAAGAAAUGUCAGGCUAUGCAUAAAUCUAUGAGCAGCCGAGCAAAAGCAAUGGAUCCCCAUAAAAGCCUGGAAGAGAUACACAAGGAGAAGCUGAAACAGAACUGGCAGAAUGACCGCAGAAGAACAAAGGAGUACAAAAAAGAACUGGAAGAAAUGCAGAUACGAAUCAAGAACCGACCAUACCUCUUCGAACAGGUCAUGAAGCAUGAUGCCCGGCAAGAGGCAGAGCGACACUACCGAGACACCCUUUGUCAGGUGGGGCUGAAUGAGGAAUUCAUAAGGAACAAAGGGAGAGAUGCUACUGACCUACCAACGGAGGAAGAGUCUGAAACUCAAAGAGCUCAGGAAUCUCAGAGGGACAAAGACAUUGGCACUGUACAGGAAGAAGAAUCAUCUUAGGAAGAGCAGAGAACAAAGAAUGACAACAUAAGAACCCUGCACAAGACUCUGGACCUACUUUCAAUAAUUUCCUUUAGUUCAAGAUGCUUGAGACGAGAGCAGCAGUUCCAGACUUUUUACCUGCAUGACCCCAUUUUCAGACUUAUUGCUUUUUGUGACCUGACAGCUUGGAGGAUGCCAUUUUGUAGAGCAGGAUGGUGUCUGCCACAAAGCAUGAUCUCACACACUGUACAUGCAAGGUCACGUGGAGCAAAUGGCAUCCUCCACACACUCACAAUCACCGUAAAUGCAUCCACUGAUGGCACAAUCCCACUUGGGGUUACAACCUGUAGUUUGGGAACCACUGUUCUAGAGUUUCAACAGUAGAACCUCAGAGUUAUGAACACCUCAGGAA